AUUUGUAAAUAAAUCCCAGUCCGGAGCCUGUGCCACUUCCACGUCCCUACAGGAUUUUUCCGAUCCCGGAAAACAGCGGGGAAGCGCGGAAAGACGGACUAGGGCAGAGAGAUACAAUGAAAAUACUCUUCUGGAUCAUACUCAUAUCGAGUGUACUCUGCGACGAUUCCGAGGACUACUCGGGCGAGAACGAAGACGAUGCCAAAGUCUACAAAAACCCCAGAAACUCGCCCAGCGUCGAGUGCCCGAGGGACGAAGAGCACGCCGAGUUCCUCGGUCAAAAAUGUCUGAGAAAGUGUUCAAAUGACGAAGACUGCAAGUCGAAGAAGAAAAAGUGCAUCUGUGACGGUGUCUGUGGCAUGUCUUGCAUAAAACCAGAGCGCGAGUGCCCAGAACUGAGAAACCCCGACAAGGGGACCGUGGUGGUGACGGGCAAACUCUUCGGCGACCGGGCCACCUACGAGUGCGAACCCGGCCACCACCUGGUGGGCCUGAAAGAACGGACCUGCAGGGGCGACGGCGAGUGGUCGGGGGUCGAGCCGCAAUGCAAGCACAUAGCCGUUUUCUGCAAGGAGCCGCCCGUCAUGGAAUACGCCAGGCACAACGCACUCCCGGAGCAGACGACUUUCCCUCUCGAGUCGGUCCUGCAGUACCAGUGCGUCCUCGGAUACACGACCAACGGAUUUCCAAAAGCCAAAUGCCUGGCUAUAGACAAGCGUCCUUCUUGGUUCGGGCCAGACAUCAGUUGCCAACCUAAAAGUUGCGGACCGCCGACUGACCCGAGCAACGGAUGGCAUUCUGGCCAGUGCUACACGUACGGCUGCAGGAUCGAGUACCACUGCAUCAAAGGGUACGAGCUGGUCGGGAGAGGCGAAAGGACCUGCCAAGCGGACGCGACCUGGAUGCCGAGGGACCUGCCGGCCUGCGUUCUUGUUACAGCCGUCGAAUGCCCCGUCCCCGAAAAUCCACAGUACGGGACGGCUCAUUUCACCACUUGCCAGUACAACGCGGUCGUCAGCUACGAAUGCCGCUACGGUUACACGCUCGUUGGAGAACGGACCCGAAGGUGCGGCGAGGAUCGAAAAUGGUCUGGGACCACUCCGAAAUGCAAAGCUGUGGACUGCGGGCAACCUGGUCAGCUUUACCAAGGUUGGAUCGAGAACAUCGAAGGCGGGACGGCUCUCGGAGCUUCGGUCAUAUUCAGGUGCAGGGAGGGAAUGCUGCUCGUCGGAAACACUUCCGCAGUCUGCCAACUCGAUGGCACUUGGACCUACCCCGUCCCUCAGUGUUUGGCACCCUGCGUGAUUCCGAAGGUAGAUCAAGGAAGAGUGAUUUUUGAAUCAAAUUCGACGCUGAAUCAAAUCCCACAUGGAGAAGAACUGAAUCUGACUUGCGAGACACGAUACGAGCCCAACACUUUUGACUCACCACUAAAGUGCAACAACGGCUCCUGGGAGAUCAUGCCUAAAUGCAUCCCAGCCAGAUGCAAAUACCUGCCUAAGGCUCCGAAAAACGGCAUGGUCAUCGCACCCAAAACAGAACAUGGAAUGAAGGCUCGGUUCAGUUGCAAGGACGGUUACACUCUCAAAGGAGAAGGUACGACGGAGUGCAGAUACGGCAAUUGGACCGGUGAAAUCCCGUACUGUCAGGAAGUAUACUGCCCAUUUCCUGGUUAUGUCGAAAACGGUAAGAUACUCUUAGUCGGGAAUAUGGGGCUGUAUGAUUACAGGCCGUACGUGAGAAAAGUGAACAACAACAAGCAAGUCAUGUACGAGUGCAACAAAGGUUUCACCUUGCUCGAAGGGCCUCCGGGUGCAACUUGCGUGGCCGGAGCCUGGAGCCCUAAACAACUCCCCAAGUGUGUUCCCGGACUCCAUCCGAGGCUGAGGUGGUCCAGGAAGAAGCGAUCCCUGAUGACUUUGCGCCGAUUGAAACGCCGGUUAAAACGAGCUCUGAGUGGCCAGAACACCCAGGUGUUGAGGAAACCAGCGACGGGCUCCAGCAAGCCAGACCCGCAAGGGACGGGUCGUGGGCGCGCAGGUGGGAAAGGAAGCGGGUCGGGCAAAGAAUCCGGUGGAGAAGGAGACGAAGAAGAGGAGGAAGAAGGAGAUAAGUCGACCAAAAAAGAAGGGGAGAAGAAAAAGAAGAAAAAGCCGUCGAGGAAACUCCCACCUGGAGGGCCCUGCUCGCUCAUAACCAUUGAAAACUAUAUGAAACUUGACAUAUUGAAGAAAGGCCGGGAUAACAACAACACGUACCCCCACGGUACGCUGGUACGUCUGACGUGCGCCACCGGAUACAGUUCCAAUCUACCCAACGGUACAGCUAAGUGCGUACGAACGAAAUGGAAACCGGCUAAGCCGUUGUGCGGAGUCUCUCCGUGCAAAAUACCGGAAACGCAGCAUGGCAUUUUCAGCAAAGGUGGGUCUAGCCUAGCGGUAGCUGGCCAGACGCUCAACAACACGAGUGACGUUCCCCAUGCGGAGAUUGUCGACGUCAGUUGUUCGCCUGGCUACAAUCUCCAAGGAAGCGCCAACAUGAAAUGUUGGCAUGGACAAUGGGACGCCCCCAUCCUUCCGACAUGCACGCCAGCACCGUGCCAGCUGCCUGUAAUCCCUCACGGUCAGUACCUUCUCGGAUAUCGGCCAGGGCUCACGAUCGGCAACGGUAGCUCGGUACGCUUCCAAUGUGACACCGAAUACAAAGCAUCCACAGUCGCGCCUCUCACCUGCAUCCUCGGCGAGCUCCGUCCUACCAUGCCUCACUGCAAGACCGAUCCGGGCAGCAUGUUUAUGGCAGGAAGCGAUAUCACCAAAGCAGGACAAAUGGGUGCUAUCGACUACGUCUCCGGUCUGAGAGGCUCAUGUGCUCCGCCUGACAGGGUCCAAGGUACUCUCGUCUAUAAGAACGGUGAGCCUUUGGCCGAAGCUGAAAAAAAUGUUGAUUUUUUAAAAAGUUUUCCAGACGGCACCGAAGUGACUUUUAAUUGUAUAGCGUCUAUUAUGGGUGAGAAGAUUACCUGGAGGAUCAUUUGUGAAGACGGAAGUUGGCUAGGCCAUUCAUUGAACUGUGAAUUGGACGACAGUGCAAAGCAAGGAUCAGCAUCAGCGCCAAGGGACAAUACUACUUGCCUUUUCACAAAUUCUGAACCACACGUUUCUACCUUCUACCUGGACCAACUCCUAACUGAAGACACUGUCGAAUUCCCGAGUGGUGCCGAGCUCCAAUUCAGAUGCGUGGAUAUAGGAAAAUUUGCGAUGAUCGGCUCCAACAGAAGAAGAUGUAACAAUGGACAGUGGGAUGGUGUCAGGCCUGCGUGCUUCGGACUUAACCAGCAGAACGACUACUUACUGGAAAAACCACCUACCAUCCUCUUUAGGCACGAACUCGGCCCGAUAGCACAGUCCAACGACGGAAAGCUAAUCGUCUUUCCAGGUACUAUACUGCACAUGGAAUGUCUAUGGAUAAGGCGCUUCGGAACACCCAAAUGGGUCGUCAGCCACAACUAUAGAAAAUAUCCGGAGAGCUGGAACAACGAGUCGGGACGAGACCCACAGCUUGAAUACAGGUUGAGUAUACUACAUGCCACGAAAGACGAUUCGGGAACUUUCUCUUGUAUUACUCCAACCAGGCAUACACAUUCCGUUGAAAUAGUUGUCGAAGCUGUAUAUUGCCAGCCACUACCACCAAGAAGAGGCCUGAUGAUGAGCACGACUGAGGUUAAAAUGAACACAAAAGUUCUCCUCAGCUGCGCGAACGGCAACGCGCUUAUAGGAUCUCAAGAGUUAGUCUGCCUCCCUUCGGGCAACUGGUCAUCUCCGGUGCCGGUCUGCGAGAGCAUGGAAUGCCCCGAUUUGGGCAACGGGACCGAUCCGAACCUGAGGGCUAGCAUUCUGAGCAGGGAAGUCGGAGGACAGGUCGUCUUCAGCUGCUCCCCGGGUUUCGGGCUCGUAGGGCCGGUCCAUUCGACGUGUCUGCUGACGGGAGAAUGGGCAGGUCCUCUUCCGAUCUGCAAGGAGGUGCAGUGCACAAACCCUGAAGCACCACCGAACGGAUAUUCCACAGGAAACCCGCCUUACAAAGCCGGCGACCUCGUGCAGUUCGCCUGCAACCAAGAUUACAUGAUGGAAGGGCAGCCGAUUAUAGCAUGCCAAGAAAAUGGACGUUGGAGCGGCCCCGUUCCAAAUUGUGUACGUGCAUGCGCCUACCCAGGGACGGUGAUAGCCGGCCGAAUUUCUUCUGUCAAGUUCUACUACCAGAUUGGCGAGACGGUCUCGUUCACGUGCGACGACGGGCUGAAGAUGACCGGUGCCGGGAUGCUGCGCUGCCUGAAGUCGGCCAAAUGGUCAGCCGCCAUACCGACGUGCUCAUGAAUGAAAAUUCCAAUUCCACUCGUCAAAACUUAAACAACGAAUAGUAAUUUUCUUCGGUAGGUCGAUCGAGUGCAAGAACUUUAUAUUGUGAUAGUUCCAUGAAGGUGAUUUCAGUCGAAAAAUCCAUCUACUUGACACCAAGAACCGCUUAGAUCGUACAAAAAUGAAUUCUUCUACUUCUUAUUAUGACCUUUUUUUAAUUUGAAGGAAAAAUAAAUUUCGAAACAAAGUAUUUUUUCAAAGUUACCAAUAUAUAAAUCUUAUU